GAAGACUCUGUAAGCGUUCUGUUCGCAUCACUGGACUUUCGACUGCGGCCCAAGAAUGACUUCAGGCACACCGGAUUCGUCCGACCCGGAGCACUCGAUCCCUCCGCGGAUCAUGUGGCUGCACCAGAACCUGCCCUGGAGCCAGUUCAUCUUCGCCGAGACGGUGGUGGUGGCCGCCAUCACGGUGCUCGUGGUCGUCGGCACGCUGGUGGCACAGGCCGUGCUGGGUUUCUACACACCUCCCUGCACCACGCCGGCCUGCGACCAGGCCAUGAACUUGGCACGCAGCUCUCAGCGCAUGGAAGCGCCUCCCUGCGACGGCUUCUACGAACACAUGUGCGGCGGUGCCUCGAGCGAUUACUCCCGGCGUCACCCGCUCGUGCAUGCCAUGUCCGCCGCGCUGCUCGAUAGAGGCGCCGCAGUCGGCAGCGAUGCCAAGAACAAGGACGCGUUGGACAAAGCGGCAGUCUUUUAUGCCAGCUGCCACAAGCACUUUCUGCCUUCCGCGGAACAAUCUGGCCUGCACCAGGAUGUCAUCAACGUGCUAACCAUCAUCAAGACACGCUGGGAAGACAUCGCGCAGCAUUCAGUCAGUAGCACGUCAACGCUGAAGUUCAUGCUGCGCCUGGUCCUCACGUACCGCAUCGAACUGGGCAUCAGGAUGCGUCUCUACGCGGGCAACAUGCACCUCAUGUCUGGAAACUCGCUGCGCAGCCAUCUCGCCCUGCCUGCGCGACAGCUGGAAGGGAUGCUCAGCACAGCGGCAAACGCCAGCGGUGCCACGCUGACGUCGGCGCAGAUCACGCAGUUGUUGAUCGUCGACGAGUCUCUCACGAACCACCUGGGCGGCGAAGAAGACGUGAGUACGUGGCCGCCGGACCAGCUGUUCCUGCAGAUCUACCCGAAGGAUCGCGAAGCGUGGGUGGAAGCCCUGGGCGAUGAUCCGCGCCUGCUCCAGACCCUCGACCCGACCAAGCUGGUGCACGUAAAGGGCAUGUCCUUCCUGCACAUGUUCACCCACCUCGUCCUCGAGACGUCCAGCCGCAUCACGCGCUCUGUCUGGCUUCUGGUGCACGCGCUGCUUCCUGCCCUGGAGGCGGAGGUCGUGCGGCACACGCCCCCGGAGCAGCUGGCGGACGCCGUCGUGUUGUUCUGCUACCGCCACAGCCUCGAGUCGCAGUACGGCGUCGCCAUGGAGUCCUUCCUGUGGACGCUGGCCAUUGGCUCGCAGAGUGUACCGUCGGCGUUGCCCACUACGCAGGACUUGGUGCGCUCGCAGGCGGCGCUCUCGGCGGCGAGGUUGUUCCGCGGUGGCCUACUGCAUGAGGUCAUGGAGGAGCUCGAGGAUAUUCAGGAGAGGCUGUUUCUGGAUCCUACUUCUUCGGAAGAGGCCAGGCUGCUCGAGAAGCUGUACAGGGACCUCCCGACGCCGAGCCGUUCCGGCUACUACGUGAACCGGCUGCUGCCCAUUGCAAUGGCGCCGGACAGCUCGCCGCUGCUGGAAGGCCACUCGCGCUGUCUCGAGGACGACUUGCUCGGCGCAGCCGAGGACGCGUACACACGUCGUCACCUGUGCGUGUCGCCUGCGAUUUUGUCGCAGCCACUGUUUUACCCGGGCACCGAGGGCUUCGUAAACUUCCCGACACUGGGAUUCCUGUUAGCCGAGCCGUACGCAGACGUCCUCUUCCGGGCAUUGCGGAAGGCGCCCUCUGGUACAGAUACGUCGCGGCGGUUUGCGGCCACCAUGGCUUGCCUUCGGCGCCAGCUGGAGUCUCUGAGCAACACGAGCAUAACGAGCGAGGCCAGGCCAGCAGCGCUGUUCCGCCAUGCCGGGGCACUGCAGUUGGCGCACGACGCGGUCGAAAACUCUGGUGGGUUCUCCGGUGGCGACGGGCAGCGACGCGCCUUUUUCGAGCGCCACUGCUGGCUCUGGUGCUCUCAGCUGUUGAGAGGCGCGCGCUCGUCGUCAACCUCCCAGCUGGACGCCAAAGGCGUCUGCAACAUUGCCGUGCGAAACGUGCUCGCCUUCUACCGCGCCUUCCGCUGUUACCCAGAGGACUACAUGGGCAGCGUCGAGGUGUGCGCCGUCUUCGGAGUCCCGCCGUACAAAGAGUGA